GGGAGUGUCAGGCAAUCAUUUACAAAGCGGCGCAGACUCCCUACGGCUUCGGAUAUAAAUCCAGGCUGGGUGGGGCAGUUCUGAGGCUAGGAAGGGAUCUAGGCCUUCCAACCCCGGAGCUUUCAGCCCAAGAUAUUUCCUCCACGGGGGCCAGGUCAGGUCCUGGUAGCGUUGGCAGCAGGACGUGACCAUGGAGAAGCUGUUGUGGUGUUUCCUGGUCUUGACCAGCUUCUGUGAUGCUUUUGGCCAGACAGACAUGGAUAAGAAGGCCUUUGUGUUCCCCACAGAGUCGGACAAUUCCUAUGUAUCCCUGAAAGCACAGGUAAAGAAGCCUCUCAAAGCCUUCACUGUGUGCCUCCAUGUCUACACUGAGCUAUCCAAGACCCGUGGAUACAGUAUUUUCUCUUAUGCUACAAAGAAACAAGCUAAUGACAUCCUCAUAUUUUGGUCUAAGGGUAGAGGAUAUACUUUCGGGGUGGGUGGGCCUGAGGUAGUAUUCGCGGCUCCUGAAGCCACCGUAGCUCCAGUACACAUUUGUGCCAGCUGGGAGUCCGCCUCAGGGAUUGCCGAGUUCUGGGUGGACGGGAAGCCCAGGGUGAGGAAGAGUCUGCAGAAGGGAUACUCUGUGGGGACAGAGGCAAGCAUCAUCCUGGGGCAGGAGCAGGAUUCUUUCGGUGGGAGCUUUGACGCAAACCAGUGCCUGGUGGGAGACAUUGGAGACGUGAACAUGUGGGACUUCGUGCUGUCUCCAGGAGAGAUUAACAGCGUCUAUGUUGGUGGGACCGUAAGCCCAAAUGUCCUGGACUGGCGCAAGCUGACAUAUGAAGCACACGGUGAAGUGUUCACCAAGCCCCAGCUGUGGCCCUGAGGCCCCGUCAUGGGUUCUGCAGGUGCCUCCUGGGGAUCACGCCUCAUGGGCCCCUGGUGCUGGCUCUGGAUACCCCGCAGGCCUGCUCUGUGGACACGACCCCAGCUUCCCUGCUCUGCCUGCCUCACCCUUGAGAACGGAAUUUAAGUGUCUGGAUUGGGAGUUCACGAACCACAUGGGGAAGAGUUUUGUCCAGGAGAAUCAGAAUUGCAGGUGUUUUUUUUUUUUUCUUCCUAUUUUUGUGUUUUUUAAAAAAUUGAACGGAUUUUAAAGAUAAUCCCUUCCCCUCACUUAGAUGAUAAAACUGACACCGAGAAAGAAGUGAUUUUUUUUUUUUUUUUUUAAGUCACAAGGCAAGGACAUCUCUGAGCUGAGAAUGGAGAGCUGGUCUUCAACUGCCUCCUUACUCAGGACCACCCAGAGGGGGUUGCCCACGUUCACAGGGCUCUUCAGUUUCAGAAUUAGGAUAUUGGCCAGAACCUCUGGAUUCAGAGUCUAGAAUGCUCAUCAUUAUGCCAUGGGCCCAGGUAUUCUGAAAUGGGAAACCCAGUAAGACUGCAGUCCCUCCAAUUCCUCAAAGCAUCCUGGAAAGGCAGCCUUUUUGUCCUGGGCAAAAUGAGGUAUGUAGGUAUAGUUACUUUGUUACUGCCAAGAGCUUACAUAGCAAUGGUUUUUGUUUGCUCUCGCUGCUUUCUUAGUUUUUCAGUUCUUCCGAGAAACUCUUCCCCCACUCCUGGUGAGCCUCGUGGGGCUGUGAAUUCCUCCUCCAUGCCCACCUUCCCAACCUACCCUGGCCGUAAGAGUGGCUGCGUGGCCCACGCCAUGCCCUCCUAUCCCAGCCGCCCAUCUCCCCAUCUCCCACCUGGAGGUUGUUUUGGGUGGUUAUGUGUUGCCCGCAGGACUGAUGAUAGUCUUCCCAAGCACUGAGUUACAGCCUUUGGGCGGGAGAUGUCUUCUUGCGGCUGGAUUUCCAAGCUUAGAGGAUGUGAGCCUGGGACUGCCAGCAGCUAUCCUGUUCACCACACGGAGAGAGGCUGUGAGGACGGCUCCAAGCUGGGCGUGGAAGAGCCGAGGGAUUGACAGAGCAGUGGAGCCUUGACUAUAUUGAGUCUCUCGGCCAGCCUUGCCUGGAACCAGACCUACGCCUGGACUUCUGGGUGCAGGAGCCAAUAAAACCCUUGUUACUUGCA